GGCUGGGGGAGAAAGGGGGGCCUGGAAGGGGCGGGUGCGGAGCCAAUAGGCAGCCGCAGAGUCCCCAGAGACGCGAGCUGAGCGAGCGGAGCCGGGAGCCCGGAGCUCAGCGCGCUGGGCUGGGGCCGGGGCUGGAGCCGAGAGGAGCGGGAGUGAGCGCGCCCGCCCCAGCCCCGAGUCCCGCCGCCUUCCGGUCCUCCGCAGCGCGGGCCAGCGGCCGCCGCCCAGCCAUGGAGCCCGACAACAGCCCCCGGAAGAUCCAGUUCACGGUCCCGCUGCUGGAGCCGCACCUUGACCCAGAGGCGGCGGAGCAGAUUCGGAGGCGCCGCCCCACCCCUGCCACCCUUGUGCUGACCAGUGACCAGUCAUCCCCAGAGGUAGAUGAAGACCGGAUCCCCAACCCACUUCUCAAGUCUACUUUGGCCAUGUCUCCACGGCAACGGAAGAAGGUGACUCGGACCACACCCACAAUGAAAGAGCUCCAGAUGAUGGUCGAGCAUCACCUGGGGCAACAGCAGCAGGGAGAAGAGCCUGAGGGAGCCGCUGAGAACACAGGGACCCAGGAGACCUGCCCACCUGGGAUCACAGAUACAGAAGCGGAGUCAAGGCCGGGCACCUCUGGGAAAGCACAAAAGUCUGCAGAAUCCACUCCAAAAACUCAGGAAAGGGACAGUGAGAAACCCAGCACAAAGGAAUCCUCCACCCAUAUACCACCAUUGGAUUCCCAGGGAGCCAACUAGAUCUGAGAGUGAAGGGGGUAUCCUGCAAUCAACGCUGCAGUUGGGAGUGCGUGGACACUGGAUUUGUUUCUUAUUUCUUCACUUUUGGGGGGAAAUCUCUUGUUUUUAAAAACUGAUAAAUUUGGUGUUAGGUCCUUGGCCUUUUCCUUCUUUCCCAACUUGGAGAGUCUUUUCUCCGUCCCCUCUUAACCUGCCCUCUCUAAAGCCCCCUACCCUUCUGCGCAGCUGCUUCUGGAAGGGAAGAACCACGGAACCUGGGCAAGAGCCUUAAGAAGGGGGUUCUUCCCUAACCCUGCCCUUACUUGCUGUGGGAGGAGAAAUAGGGUCAGAUAGGUAGAAGGACUAACUUCCAGGGUACCAAGAAUGAAGGAUGGUCUGAGUUCUCUUUUGUUAUUAAAGAAAACACCACCACCUGG